CAUCAUCUCACUUUCAUCACUACACCAUACUCCAACUUCUUUCAUGGCAAAGAAACAGAAGAAACCACAGCAGUCUUCUGCAGGAGCUGUCAGAGAAACAAGAUCCCAAUCAGUCAAGCAUAUCCGGAUCCCUUUAUGGCCCAAACCACUGGCUUUUGUAGAGAAUGACCCAAGUGCCACCAAGAUCAAAACUAUGCAAGAGCUCCUUGCUGUGUCCUUGCCACCAACAAGGCCAGCAUAUGAGACUGGGAGGCUUGAAGGAACCAAGCAGAUGAACCAGGAGGAGAGGAUGCUAUACAAUGAAACCACCAAGAUGACAAAGGUUGUGUUCCUGAAAGACCUAGUCACACAAGCCCACACUGCUCUCUAUGAGAAGUUGCAAUUAUUGGACAUCAAGGACACAACUGAAGAUCUCCUUUAUCUACUUGCCAGGAUCCACCCAUCUGUCAUGGCUGCUGGACAUAGCAAGAUCAUUCAUUGUGAAGGAGAGACAGAGAUGCGGGCCUACAACACAUUAUUCCGGCCAGCUCUGCUUGCAAUUUGUGAAGCCCUCAAGAGAGCACAGACAUCUGAAGAACAUUGGCCAGAUCUUGGGUCUGCCCCAUCCUCAAAGGUCAUACCUGAUGGGCGAUUGUGUUUGCGGGACCAAGCUGGUAAAGAGAAGUGUAUACUCACCAUUGAGUACAAGACUCCAUUUGCAAUGCUUUGCAAGGAUGAUGAUACAGCAAGAGAGGCUAAACUGAGCCUUCUUUGGGAAUUGCAAUACAUACCAACAAAUGUCAAGAUAGACUAUGGACAAGCAAUGCGAUUUCUCUGGCCAACACCAGAUGAAUCCACAGCGGCAUUAAUAGGUGAUGAGAAGGAGGCAGAUCCACAGACUAGAAUACUUAUUCAGGUGUGGACACAGAUGGUGGUUGAAGAGUGCCAUCUUGCUGUUCUCUCCUCAGAGGACAUUACCAUUUUUUUUGCCCGAGGCAAAGGGGAGAAUCAAGACACACUCUAUCUGUCACCACCAUACACAAAGGACAGAUGCCCCUUGUAUGCUGUGUACUGUUGGUUUGCAGUGGCAUAUGGUCUUGCUGAUCUCAAGCUUCCUGACCCAGUGGUCAAAUGGAAAGAGGAGGAGCUGAUAGCUAUCACAGCAUCAGGUAUUACACCAAGCACUCUAUACAGCAGGCUAUCACCUCAACCACAUAAAGGCAAAGCUGUAUCACACUCCAAGGCCAGCUGAGCAAGCCCAACAGAGCAAGGGGUUCAGAGAUGAAUGUAUAAGCACAUAGGCAAUAUUUAGCUACAACCCAAUGUAGCACAUGCAAUGCUACCGCACACCAUACCGAGUUUCUGGGGGCAUACCAGAGAGAUUGUCCCUGUUGACACCAUCUUUAAGUGAUCAGAGGCAAGAAGCAGCUAGUAGCAUCAUGUGCAGUUUCAACAACAUACACACUGAGACAGUAAGCUGCAGUUGUACCGCCACCACUGUAAGGAAGUGAUUUACAUCCGCGCAAGGACGGAGCCGUACGUGAAGGUCACGAUCGUCGACCCCGAUGUGGCAGCAGCCUCAGCAUCAGUGGCAGCAGUUAUCG